CUCUCUCUCCUUAUAUGUAUUGUGUAUUGAGGGUGUCAAAACUUAACUUGAUUUCACACUAGAUUCCAUUCCAACAAUGGGUAGUUUAGCUGGUCAUUUUCCUCUAAUGGUUAUGAUAGGCUUACAAGUUCAUUAUGCAGCGCUUGCCAUCUUCACAAGAGCUGCUCUGUUAGAUGGGUUGAGUACCACGGUCUUUGUAGUUUACAGGCAAGGCAUAGCCACUUUGGCUUUGGCACCUAUGUUCUUUUCUUCUCAAAGGAGACAAUCAUUCAAGACUUCAUUGGGAUUCAGGAGCUUCUCUUUGAUGUUUGUGACCGCUCUUGUUGGAGUUACAGCAAAUCAGAAUGCAUAUUUUAGAGGUUUAUAUUAUGCAUCUUCUACUGCAGCUACUGCUAUGAGUAAUCUGAUACCUGCAUUAACUUUUGUAAUUGCAACGAUUGUUGGAUUUGAGAAAGUUGAUCUACGAAGCUUGAGAAGCAUUGCCAAAGUAAUAGGGACAGUUUGUUGCGUGAGUGGAGCCUUAACCAUGGCAUUGGUCAAAGGACAGAAGCUGCUACACGUGGAGUUUCUUCCUUCUAAGCAUCUCACUGCCAAUGGAGGUGAGGAUUGGCUGCUGGGUUGUCUAUUGCUCUUAGCAAGUAGUGUUUUUUGGUCAUGUUGGAUGAUACUGCAGGUACCAAUUGCUUCAAGUUGCCCAGAUCAUUUAUUAUCAACCUUUUGGAUGUGUCUCUUUGCAACUAUACAAUCAGCCAUAUUUGCACUGCUCUCUGAGAAGGAUCUUCAAUCAUGGAUCUUGAGUUCUCCUUUACAAAUUUCAUGUAGUUUAUAUGCAGGAAUUGGAAUUGCGGUUAGCUUCUUUGUUCAAUCUUGGUGCAUCUCAGAAAGAGGUCCUCUAUACUGUGCCAUGUUCAACCCUCUAGCAACAGUCAUCACAGCUUUUAUAACCGCAACAUUCCUAAAAGAAGAGUUAUAUAUCGGAAGUUUGGUAGGGGCUAUUGGAGUGAUCGCUGGUUUAUAUAUUGUGCUUUGGGGUAAAGCGAAAGAGUUUGAUGAGAUUAAACAUGAGGCACCAAAACCAAGCUUCCAGGAAGAUGAGAUAAGUAAUAGGGUAGAUUUGGAAGCACCACUUUUGUCAGAGAAGUCUGAACAUGUAGCAGAUAGCAAGCUGGUACCAUGAUGAAUAAAUCAAUUGAAGUUUUGGUGAAAAUUUUGUCACUUAAGAUUUGAAGAAACGAAAACAGGAACAAGUGGCUGCUUAAACAAAUUUGGCUUGGUUUAUUUCACCAAAAUUUCCAAUGAAGAGAACGUAAAAUAAACUCAAGAUCAUGGCCUCGACAAAUGGUAAUUAAGAAAAAGUGAUAGUAUAUAUGUCUUAGGACAAAAAAUAAGAACUUUCUUUCGUUCCAUUAUGUCUUAGGACAAAAUGUAAGAAUUAAUUUUGUUUCGUUCCAUCUCGCUUUCAUGCCAGGAAAAUUAGGAGUGCUGCACUCGUUUUUUCAUGAAUGUUAUAAUUUCUGUAAAUUGCUUUCAAUCAAUUUUGUGUUUUAUUAUCGUUAAGUU